GGCGCGCACGUGACGACAGCACGCACGCGGCGGCGGCUGGGAGCGCGGGUGCCCGCCGGCGGCCAUGGGCGCGGCGGCGGCAGAGGCGGAUCGCACUCUCUUCGUGGGCAACCUGGACCCCAGGGUGACCGAGGAGCUCAUCUUCGAGCUCUUCCACCAGGCAGGUCCGGUGAUCAAGGUGAAGAUCCCUAAGGACAGAGACGGGAGGCCCAAGCAGUUCGCGUUUGUCAACUUCAAGCACGAAGAGUCCGUCCCUUAUGGGCUGAGUCUGCUCAACGGGAUCAAACUGUAUGGGCGGCCCAUCAAAAUCCAAUUCCGAGCAGGGAGCAGUCACGCCUCUCAGGAUGGCAAUCCAGCUUGUUCCCCUCAUGGAGCCGCUGGCAGCACCCCUUCUGGCACACCGCAUCCGGCAUCCAGCUGUGGCAGAUAUGACAGGAUUCCUGACAGCACGGUAGCAGCGGGAUUCUCAGCGCAGCGGUCCCAGCAGUCAGCGGAUGGACUUCCAAGACAAGCGGCGAUGCACGGUGCUGCACGGCAGCAGCCGCCGUUUGGGGGAAAGUACGAGCCGUCUGCCUUCGCCCUUCCCGGCACCUACCAGCACGCUCCCCACGCCUUCCACCCCUCGGUGGCCUCCCAGCCUCCGCGGCGCCCGGAGCUGCCGUCGUUGCGCAAAGGCCGGCUCAACACCCACCCUUACCAUUUUACCCGCGAGCAGCGCUUCGGAGAACGGGGCUCCGAAUUCUGCCGGGGCGUGAGGGAGGAGUACGGCUUCGAGGAGAGGGGCCACGACGCUGAGCACCGCUACCGGGCAGGCAGGGAGGAGCCCAUCUAUGAUGAGAGGCACCGAGACGGGUGGAGCCACGACUACCGGAGGGAGAGCUACAGGGAGGUCAAGUGGCACCCAUCGAGGCAUUAGCGCCUGGUCAGCGGGACUGAAGGAACUUGGCUGCAAAAGAACCUCAAAUCUGUUUCUUAGCUACACCGUGUUUAAAACCCUCACCCAUCAACGCCCCAUUUCCGCGUUUGUAAAGCUGCCAGCAGCGCAGCUCUCCAAAACUCAAUUUUAGAUGCGUUUGGUCCGCACCUCGGGGCCUUUCGCAGGGAAGACCUCGUUUCGGAGGCAGCAUCGGAGCGUAGCGGCCAUUGUGUUUUUGUAGCAGGGUGGAUGGGUCCGAGUCCUUUUUAACAGCGCCCAUGUUUUUUGGCACUUUUAAAAUUACGGGCAGCGUUUUUGAUACAGGAUCUUUGGGUAUUCCUUAUCUUGGAGCAGAGCAUUAAAAGCCUCCCUGGAAACGAACCCGCGGGCAAACCCUACUCAUUGCGGCCUUGGGAAAGACACUGGCGCUGUGUGAGCAAU